UCUCAUUCUCUUUCCUCUCCUACAACCGAAAACCACAUAUUCAAUAUCGAAAAUACUUGACAAAAUCUCUCAUCAUGCCUCUCGUCGUCCCCGGAAUCAACAGCGCCCCUGGUCCCAACCAAGAGGAAUGGCUCCACAAGCUUGCGGGGAAGAAGAUCACUGAGUCGGAUAGCGAUGUGACUUCAUUCGCGAAGAAGGAUCUUCCCGAGGGCCAUCGCGUCAUCAAGCCCGGAGACGCUGUCACGAUGGAUUUCAGACCCGAACGGAUGAAUGUUCAUGUGGACGAUGAGGGUAUCGUCCAGCAUGUCUCUUUUGCUUAGACGAUGAUACAUGGUCGAUUUUCUAUGAUG